AUGGCUGAAACUAAAGAGCAAAAAACUCGGAAAGCCCACGGACUCAGUAAAUCAUUCAGCACGGACGUACACUCAACAACGAUGACGUCAUCGUCUUCGCCAACAUCGUCGUCGACAACGACACCGCUUAAUUUUCAACGCAACAAACAUUACUUCACGUCACGAGUUGCCGACAACGAUGACGUCAUUAGCGGAAGCUUCAAAAACAGAGAUGUGCGAAAUAAGCUGAAAAAAUCGAGCAGACAUCAUCAGCGCUGCAGCAGCAACUACAACAACCACAACAAAAUCAUCGGCUACAACAGCCACAACAGCAGCAACAACUUCAGAAACGACUCAACCAAGCACAACUGUUUCAGCAACAAUCGCAACAUAAGCAGCAACGUCGUCAACAAAAGUUGCAGCAACAUCGCCUGCAACAUCAGGCAACAUUUGAUUGCUCAUAUCCUUCGAGCUGUUUGGAUGCCUCAAAACCAAUUAUGUUGA